GGGCGCGGCGGGAGGCUGCAGCUGGACACGUGGGGAUGGAGCCGGCUCCAGGCGCCAGGCGGCUGCGGAGGAGCCGGAGGCUGCAGGCGCAGGGGAUAGAGCCGGCGCUCGAGCGACCCCAGGAGGAGCCCAGGGCUCCGCCGCUCAGCCCCGAGGACGGGCAAGCGGGUACCCCCGGGGAGCCCGGCCGCGGCGAGACCCUGGGGGUGGCCCCGGCCCCGGCCCCUGCCCUGCAGCGGCGGAAUCCGGCCAAGAAGGGCAAGGAGGCGCCGGCGAUUCCCAAGGGGAAGCCUAAAUCCGGGCGGGUGUGGAAGGAUCCCGGCAAGAAGCGGUUUUCUCAUAUGAUUCAGGACAAGCCGCUCCGCACCUCCUGGGAGCGAAAGAUGAAAGAGCGCCAGGAGAAGAAAAUAGUCAAGGAUUUUGCCCGGCAUCUUCAGGAAGAAAAACAGAGGGAGCGUGAGGAGAAGAAACAGCGCCGGGAAGAGAACUUGAAACGACGCCUGGAGAACGAGCGGAAGGCGGAGAUCGUACAAGUGAUCCGGAAUCCGCUCAAAUUGAAGCGUGCCAAGAAGAAGCAGCUGCGCCGGAUUGAGAAGCGGGAUACGCUGGCACUAUUGCAGAAACGCCAGGUGCAGCGCAAAGAGGCCAAGGAGUGAGGCUACAGCGGGGAAGGGUAAUAAAGCCUCAGGGCAGCUGAUUCUCUGGGGUCCAUCUGUCCUGACACUGCUUUCCCUGCUAUCCUGCCCACCGCCUCCUUAUGCCUUCACUGGGGACUCCCCAUCACCUCUCCUCCCUGCUGUGGGCUGAUCAACUGCACUGAGUACACGCUGCUGGCUCACACGCAAGAGCAGGAGGUUAUACAAACCCACAGUCUGCACGGCUGCUCUUAAAUGGAAACCUGCAUUGUCUUCUCUUGCACCAGCGAGGCAGGAUGCUGCAGUCCACGGCGCCGGGAGGUGUCAUAAGCCCCGAUGGGACAGGGAUGAGAUGUCCUCAUAUUGCCUGACUUGGGGCAAAUAAACCAAAGACUGAGCCAAUGUGUGAACUGGAGCCCCUGGUGUUAAGGGCCUGAAUCCUCUUAAUCAGCGCACGCUCACUUGCUUGUGUAGCUGGUGGGAGCAGGGCUGGAGCAGGGAGCUGCUUCUGGUGUCUGUCUUGGCCUGUGCCUCAAUAAUUUGAUCUUCUGUUAGGAGGAACCACAUGGAAAAAGAUUUGGGUUUGUAAGGACCUGGGUUGUGGGCUGGGUGCUGUGUCUGUUGCUGUCUUAUGUUUUUAAUGGGCUGUCACCUUGGUCUGCGGUAAAGGACAGAAGUCCCAGCUGCCUAGAAUAGGCCAAGCUUCUCUCCCAUCAAUCUGCUUCUUCCCCAGGUUUGAGGUGGGUGUUCGUCCUUCUUGCCUUGGCCUUUCUGCUGAGACUGACAACAGGAGGGUGGGUUUUUAUUUUGCUGGACUCCUGUUGGAAAUCAGCCUGAGGUGACCCACUAACUCGUUGAAGAGGUUCCUGGCAACAGCUAGGAGAGGAUGAUGAGGGUGGAUUGCUUCCAACCAUGUCAGGGCUAUAAUUGAGAAGGGAUUUGUUGAUCCAUGCAGAAAUAUUGCUCUGGCCAAAAAAAUGAAACAGAAAAUACCAGCCAAGUCUGUGUCCUCUUCUCUCCUUUUCAUCCAGAGGAAUGUAAGGCGCAGGGAGUGUCCACAACAAACUGUGGUGGGGCUGACAGGAGGGAGCCAGACACGCUGUCCAGGAGCCAUUCAGCAUGGGGAGAAGGCUUGUGGCCCCAGAAGGAGCAGCGGGUAUCCGUGCGCUGCCCGCACUCACUAGUGCCACCCAUGCAGCUCCCAUUGGUUUCAAUUCCCAGCCAAUGGGAGCCGUGGAGUCAGUGUAGAGGAGCAGGGGCAAUGCGCAGAGCCACCUGCCUGUUCCCACCCCCGCUCCAGGGGCUGCAGAGACAUACCAGCUGCUUCCAGGAGCGACGUGGGGCCAGAGCAGGCAGGGAGCCUGCCAUAGCCCCGUUGCACUGCCAACCAGGAGCCAUUUGUGGCAAGCGCCUUCUGGCCAGAGCCUAUACCUCACACCCCCUCCUGCACCCCAAACCCCAGUCCAGAGUCUGCACCCCAAGGUCCU